AUUCAUAAAUGUCCGAACCUUAACCGGCGGGUUACCUGCUAUAUCUUUGUCGAAAAUAUACCCGCUGAAUCUACUGGACUAAGUGUUGAUAUCGUGGAUGAUCAUUUAUUUUUAAAUUUGAUCUUUUUCAACUUAAAACGUAAAUAUACGAAAUGAUGUUUGAUAUCUAACUUAAUAAAAGUUUUUAAAUCGAUAACAUACAUGUUUAUAGCUACUUUCGAUUACAAAUUUGUUCAAUAAUCCUAAAUGUUCAUCGUGAAUAUGAAUCAGAACAAUAUGUGCUAUACCUAAAUCAUUUCGGUAAUGGAUGCAUGUGCACUAAAUGCACACAACGCAGUUAAUUCAACAUGAUGCGUUAUUAACUUUGGUUAAUUCAAAACCUAUGCAAUGGCAACCGGUGGUGUUGACGAUUCCAGUCACGAUCUUUCAAGUGACGUGGUUGGAGGUCAUGUUUUAAUGAGACAAUGCAAUCCCUGCAUAAGGGAUAACAAACACAACGAUGCAUCGUUGUUCUGUACCAUCUGCAAAGAAUUUCUUUGCAGCACUUGCAGGAAUUUACACCUUAAGUACAUGCUUGAUAUUCAUGACAUUAUUAGCGUCCAAGAAGCGCGUUCGAGGCCAUCUGAAGUUGAUAUGAAAGGCAUGGACAUUUGCCAAGUGCAUUUUGAAAUGAUUAAAUUUAUAUGUGAGGAUCAUUCUUUGUUAUGUUGUAGCGAAUGCCUGUUCAUUCACAGAAAUUGCAAGCAAGUUUACAAAGUGAAAGAGCAAUGUAGACUUCACUUACAUGAAUACGGUAGAGUACAGGCUUUGUUAGAAAAAUCAAGUGCACGUGUACAUGCUGUUACUGAAGACUGUGAAAGAGAGAUUGAGAAAAUAAAUCAAAAUGAAUCGGACUUAGCCAAUGGAAUAAACACACGAAUUGACAGUAUGAUAAAUAUGUUAAACAGAAAACGAUCAACAGUUCUGUAGGAGGCCAAUGAUAAAUGCGACAUACAGACUCAAAUGCUUCGUGAAAGGCAGUCGACUUGCGACAGUAUUGCACGGACAAUAAAUGAAAUUCUUCCGCUUUAUUCGUUAGUUGUAAAGGCUGGUACGCCUGAGCAAGCAUUCAUUCUUACGAGAAUGUUUCAAGAGAAAAUAGCACUAAUUCAGCUUGAAAUUACUAAACAAGACGAAACGCCGUUUUCACUUAAGAUUAAUGCUGAAUAUGCCCCUGAAAUAUCAGCGCUGUUGAAGAAAGAUUGCAGUAUUGUCUCACUGAAAAUUGAUGAUAAUUCAUUGAUGAAAGGACACACUGUCGAGGAUGAUAGUACAGGUCCUACUGAAUAAUUUUCCUGCGGCAGGACUUUGACCAAGACCAAAAGAUACAAAUCAAAAAAACAGUUUUGAAGGCGGUGGAUACAGAUGUAGACAACCAUUUAGAAAACAAGAAACCCCAAAUAUUAGCAGAUUCUGUAAAUAUUGAAGAAGCAGUUGACAUGACGUUUGCUUAUGGGAAAACAGAUGAAGCAGUUCUAAUGGCCAAGAAGACAGAAGAUGAAGCGGUGAUAGGCAAAUAUCUCCUCGUGAAGAGCAGACCUCUUCUGUACGACAGUAACAAACCAUCGACUGAACUUGGAGAAUCAAAUUCAAUACUUAAAGAUGCAAUAUUUGAAGCAAUCGAAAUGUUUGAGGCUUGUAACGAUUUUGAUGGACUAGCAGCCGCUUGGAUGUUGAACUGGGAGUGGUCAGAAAACACACAGUGUAUUGAAAAGGCCAUACAGUAUUUUCGACAGUCAAAACCCUUUGAGAACACUUCUGGCAUAGCUGAAUGCGCCCAUUUACUUGUCCAAACACAAAACAUAAGUCUUGAACAGUUAGAAAUAUGCAUAAGGAGUAUCCACGAUGUGUUUAUCAUCUGCCAUGACCUGCUAUUCCCGAACACAUCUGACAAUUUUGACAGACUCGUGAAGUUUGAAAGAUUUUAUGGCUUUAAACCGUAUACUAGUAACUCAUACGUCAUCCAUCCAAAGGAAAGAUCACAUUGUCUCCACAUACUUCAAGAUCUCAUUUCUUGCAAAAUUGAAACAAAAAUGCAACUGCUUGAAGUUUCUAAAAACGAAGUUCGUGUUAGUUUAGUUGUUGUUCUUCUAAAAAGAAUUUACCAAUGGCGUCGAAUAAUCUUUUCGCGCAUUCAGAUCCUCAGGGAAAUAAUAAUGGUUUGUGAACGGUUUAAGUUAGAUAUGCCUUGUACUCUUGGAAUAAAAUGCAGAAAAAUGCAUCGUCCGCAAACGAAAGACGAUUUUAUCAUGUUAAUUAAACUAGACGUUUUGGGCAUCGAAUGUGAAGGCCAUGUUCAAACUGGAGCAUCAAGCUUGAUUGAAAAGAAAUGCCCAGAUGCAGUGACAUCAGUUUUGGAAGUGUGUGUAACAAAUAAGGUGGAAAUGUUUUACGAAAGUUACAAAGGCUGCUUCUGUCUCUGGCAUGAUCUUAUGCCAGUCGAUGGCCAUCCUAAUUUUAUUGGGAAUGACCUUAAAAUGCUGACGGAAUACAUUUCAGGAAACACGGUAAGAAAGCAACUGAAAGAGUUCUUAGAAGGUCAAUGGAAACAAGCAGUUCGUUGUAGCACUGGUUUUCUGCUCCAAAGCCAGGCUGUCCGAGGAUCGGAAGUUUUCAUGCGUAUUGAGUUUGGCUACUAUCUGUUCCAAUUUACAACUGGCACACAUAAGUUCGAACAAUCACCUUCUGCAAAAAUGAGACAGUUUGAAGGUCAGAUUGAUUGUGAAAUAAUGAAGAAAGGAAAUCGCCUCAACCACAAUUAUUAUACAUUUAUGGUUUCGCCGCACAACAACACUAUGAUUGUCGAGUGUACCGCCCGAAGGUUUAUCGAUGCUUUUGAUGAACUUUUGAAGGGAGAUGUAUGGGAGGCUGUCGAAAAAUUCACUGUAUUUAUUAUUCUUUCUAGCAAAAAAGAUGUUGAAGUUCUUGAACCAUGGGUGUUUAUAAUGUGGUUAGAGUUCUAUUCUACAUUGGCUUCGCUGAUAAUAGCUAAACUGAAGGGUCCAAAUUGUGAAGAUUUCCUGUUUAUUCUUCCAAACAGCUAUUUAAACCUCUUGCUUUUUGUUGAAACAACUUUGCCAACUAAGGUUGACAUUCUUGAAAACAUUAAGAGCUUUCAAGUUAAACAUGACAAGCUUAACAACAGACUUUGGAGAAUGCAGGAUCGUUUGAAAAGUAUGGCAUUUGCUGUAGCAGGAUUUAGCAGUUGUUUAUGUUUAAUAACAACAAUGGUGAAGAGAAGUAAAGCAGAUCCAACGAUGUUUGGAGGCAUUGAAAGACUGCUUAUUUUGUCCAUGACUCUUGUUUGCAACGUAGGUAAAACGGUGGCAAUAGUUAAUGAGUGGUCGUUGAUGAAUAUGAUGACGAAAAUACAAAUGGAUCCAACGGCACCAGAUCGUCUCCGAAAAACAAUUAAGUGUUUGCAAAAUGCAUUAGGUAUAUCAGAUGUUUCUGAAGUUUUGCAGGAUUUAUUGAAGUGUCGAAAACGAUCUGAUGAAUUGCUGUCAUGCUCAUGGCAAACGGACAGCAAACAUGUCAUCCUUUUAAAACUAAGUCUUAAAACAUCCGCAGAUAUGAGUGGCAUGUUCAAUGACCAGUUUUUAAUGUGAAAACAUUAAAUACUGUUCAACAGAACAAAGGAGGAUGUGCUCAUCCGAAUGAUGAAGAGGACAUCCAAGUAGUCGUUGAAGAAUCAAAGAUGGCGCCACUGUAAGGAACAAAAUACAAAAGGAAGCGUUAACAGAAGCUGUCCUGCUUGGUUUGAUAUAAAACGCCAACCUGGUGUAAACUCUUGACUGUAUAUAUAUAUGCGUGUGUAUGAAGGCUGUAUUAACUUCCUUAAUAUUAUUAUUUCUAUACUAUGCAGAAUGACAGUUUUGUUAUGUGUCAAUGUGGUUUUUCCUUUUGAUGUAGACUGAAUGCUGUCAGAGAACAGAUAACAGAUAAUCAAUAGUUAUAAUUAUUUUCAGUAUGAGAUAGUGAAAUUCUUGUUCGCUUGUUUACAAUGAAAUAAAUGAAGUUUGUUACUGAACUAGAUUACUUUUUGACUUUGAUAGUUUUUGUAUUUAAAUUAAAUUGUUUAGUUAAAUUAUGAGCUUAGUUUCGUUAAAAACACAAUCGUGUUUCAUUUGUUUUGUGACGAUUCUUUAUUAUGUGUAUGUAACAUGUAAAUAAUUCGAUCAACAUUUGGUGUCAUUGUUCUGCAACAAUUUGCAUCUUAACACGUGUAUGUAGAAUGGUUUCUUCUUUAUAUAGUGUUUUUUUCCACUAUGUAGGUUGUGAUCCAGGUUGAUGCCCGUUUUGAAUGUCUAUGUUUGUUUUACUUUCUCUCGUUUCUUGGUCAUCACACACGUUAAUAUAACAGCUACAUUUCGAAUGCGUCAUCACAUUAAAUGUCGUAAUACCUCAUUUUAACUUGGCACUAUGCAUACAUGUAUCAUUAAUCUAUUAUAAUAUCGUUACGGAGAAUACCGUAAUUACUCUAAGUUUUCGGACACUUAAACAUAUUAUUUUUUUCGUGUCCAAAAUUUAAGAUACGGAAACAUAUUCAAAACUUACACAUAUCCGAAAAUUUAGAGACAAAAAUUAAAUGUCCGAAACUUAUAGGUAUAUUGAAAUAAAAACAAUAAAUUAAUGCACAAUAGGGGUUUCUACUUUGAAAAAUAAUACAGCUUCACAGCUUUGCUAACUCUUGCCUGAAAUUAUACAGAACAAAAAAGUAAAAAACAAAACAAAAAAAUACUGCCUCCUUAAUAGGAAAAUAUCAUUUAAAAUGCUGUUGGGUGAAGCGAUUGUUUUAUACAGGUAUACAUGGUUAUUUAACCAAUUAAGCAAAUGUUAUGUCCCAUUGCCCUCACGCAUGCGGCUCCAAUGUUUUAUGACCUUAAUCCGUUUGUACAAAUCCAUGAUCGAAGUGUCAAAAGAAAAGAGAAUACAGUGCCGAACUCUGGUAAAGUAGCGCUGUAAAAUGUACUGUCCGAAAGUUUAGCGUCAUUAAUAAUGGAUGAAAACGCGCAUGUCCGAAAAUUAAGAGUCAUGAAAAUAAUUAAUUGGGCCAAAAAAGGAGGUGUCAAAAAACUUAGUGUUCGAAAAAUUAGAGUAAUUACGGUAUAUUUGACUGCAUUUAUAAAGCGAUUCAAAUCGAGCGUAGAUCUACCUCACUAAGUAUACUG